UCUGUGACUGAGAGUCAGAAAGAGAGAGACUCGUUGAGGGAAGGGUGAGUGUGUGUGUGUGAGAGAGAGAGAGACAGAUACAAGGAGGAGGAGGGAAAACAUGGAUGGUAGAGGAGGCUGCUGCAUCGAACGGUACGCGUACGAUAUGUCAAAGGUCGAUCGAAUAAUGCUCAAGUUCCGGCCGAUCGCACCUAAACCAGCUGUUGGUGGAUCAUUCUUUGCUUCGUCUAUUCCCGAGAAGAAGGACGUGUUUGGGAGGACGGGAAGAGCCAAGAAAAGAUACGUUAGAGACAACAGUCGACGGUGCAACAGGAAGAGAAGGGUGUUUCCGGAAGAAAAGAAAGAUGGGUUAGAAGAUACAGUGGCCACGUUGUUGCCGUUGUUGCCUGAGGCACCCGAACCCAAAGAUUUGAGGCCGCUGAAAGUAUCAUCGGAUCUUGAUCUAAACGUGAUUACAUCGUCGUCGUCGACGACGACGACGACAAUGGAAAUCAAAACGCCACCGAACAACGUACCGAUAUGGCUGAACUUCAAUAAUCCGACGGGUAAUUCUGGCAUGUCUGCUUCCACUGAUUGUACCCUGGUAAUGCCACAACCUGUAAAGCCCGUUGGGUCAUUGGUGAUUGUUGAGUGCGUGACGGAAGCGUGUGUGGAUGGGGAAGGGUUGGGGUUGGGGAGGACGGACGAGGAGAAGAGGAAGAAUCUGGAGAGAGGCACGUGUCCUGGUUUUAUAUCGGACGGUUUCUGUAGGGUGGGAUGGACGAACGAAGCUUAUAGGAGGAUGGUGAGGAAUGGAGAGGGGGAAUCGGGACCGGAGAUGGUGUGGUUAGUGACCAAGGAGAGGCUGCCUGUGACCUGCCCGGUAUUUGCGUGUCGAGUGAGGCUGCAACUUUCUUGUAAGAAGGAGAAGAACUCGUUGACGGUUCCUUGUGACGUGUGGAGAAUGGACGAUGGAGGGUUUGCAUGGAAGUUGGACGUCAAAGCUGCACUUAGUUUGGGUCGAUGAAUCCAUCAGCACCUGAAAAUGGAACCCCAUCUAAUCAUCCAAUCGUCUUGCUUGCCCAGCAAAAAAAAUGUAAAUAUUUUUUAGUUCAAGUUAUAUGCUUUUUAAGUUCAAUUUCAGUUAUUUCUUGUUAGGAUUAUCGUCCGUUUUUUUUUUUUCUCUAGGAUUUCAUGUUUAAUAGGAAAUUUUGUUCAGAGGAGAUUUACAAUGAAAUGCUGUGUAUAGUUGUUGCCCUCCCCUCU